AUGCGGCGCGGUGCGGUCGGUGCGGUGACACAGCGUUGACCGAGCAACCCAGCCCAGUUCCGAAUAGCCUGGUGGUGCUGCGGAUGGGAUUGCGUCGGGUUGGGGUAUCGAGUGUUCACGGUGGCGGUGGUGGUGGUGGUGAUGGUGGUUGUGGUGGUGGUGGCGAUAGUAGAAGUAAUCUGCAGAGUCAGUGAUGGGAGUGAACCAGGCGAGCGAGCUGGCAGCGGAAAGGAUAGGGAUAGGGAGGGAGGGAGGGAGAUGAUUCGUGCAGCCGCAGCGGUUAGGUAUCCCGCACCGAUUUCCAGGUCGCCAUUCCCAUUCCCAUUCCACAGUAUCGGCUGUUGCGGUGCACGCGGCACGCCGACCAUCCUCGCACCGAUCAUAUGGAGCAGAGUACAAUUAACGGCCGCAUAUGUAGCGACAUAGGUGGGUGUCCUAUACAGUACACGACCAGGUCG